AUGUCACUCCGACUUCCACUUCCGCAAGGGCUCUCCUUUUUCAAAAGUGUUGGGUGGUUUGAAGACAGUAAGGUUGAUUCAGCUGCCAAGCAGCAGUUGUCUCCAAAAUUUAAGCUCCAGACAGACAAGGAAGUGUAUAGACCUGGUGAUUCAGUUACCGCGACUAUCGAAAUCUGUAGUCCCGCUAGUUUAAAGGAUGAAGUGGGGGCAGCGUCAGGUGGAGAUGUCACAUCUCUCUUGAUAGAUGGGCUAUCUUUCGAACUUAAAGGAAUUGAGAAGUUGGAUAGCCAAUGGUUCUCUGUUCCAAAGCCCUUACCAGGGUCUAAGCAAAGGAGAGGUGAAUAUUUGUUUUUGGAUUGUUCGGCACCCUCAUUAGUCUCCAAAGUAAUAAUAGCUUCGGGGCAAACAAAAACGUAUAUUGUACGUCUAGAGCUCCCAAGGAUUUUACCACCAUCAUAUAGGGGCAUCAGUAUUCGCUAUAUUUAUUAUGUUAGAAGUACAUUGUUUGGGAGAUUGAUUGACUUGGGUAACGAGGAUCAAACUAAAGGCAAUGUAAAUAGUGCGGUUCAGCUGGAAACCCGAGUCCCAUUGCAGAUAUGUGUUUCCCAGAAAAGCAGCAACUUACUAAAUGAAGAAGGGAGUUUUCCACUCUCAGUUGAGCAACUGAGUAUAUUUUGGAGGGAAAAAGAUGAUGAGUCAGAAUGGAUCAAAGCAAAUGAUAAUACUGAUCUAGAAGAAGGAUAUGAUAGUUCGAAAGAUGAAGUUUCAUCGGUUUCCUCAUAUAACCCUUCCAAAUCAAAUACGGACUUUCCCAUCAGGACCUCAACAUCGACGCUCUCCUUAUCAUCACGUCUCUCCAUGAAUGAAGCAUUGUAUUCUCAGGGAGAGCGCCCCACUUUCCCGUCAUAUAAUGCAAUUCCUCGAUUCUCAGUGUCCGAGAUUUCUGAUGACCAUGGUGGAGGACCGGUAUCACCUCUAAGGAAGCUAGAUCAAUUGCAUUUGGAUCGUCGUCCAUCAAAUGGCGAAAGAUUUUCUCUAGAUUCUGAUCGCCCAAAAGAUGACGUUGGACUCCCUCUCACGCCAAAACAUGUUGAACCAUCUGGAUCAGAAGGCUUUAUGAGAGGAAGAUCAUAUAAUAUACGAAUAGAUGAUCAAGUCUUGCUUCGUUUCUCACCAAAGAAUUCUGACUCAACUUAUUACUUUGGUGAUAUGAUUGGUGGAGCACUCACUUUUUUUCAUGGAACUGGAACGCGGAGAUGUCUAGAGGUAUCUAUAACCUUGGAAACAUCAGAAACAAUUAAUCCUCGUGUAAUACACCCUUCACGAAGGGUCUCACCGACAAUAACCAAGGUACACAGCGAACAUCAUGAAGUUGUUGCAGAUCUUCACCAGACAAGUUUUCUCUUCUCAAUUCCUAUUGAUGGACCAAUGUCAUUUGCAACCUCAAAGGUUUCUGUACAGUGGUCCCUUAGAUUUGAGUUCUUCACAACUCCGGUCGGAAUGGACUCAUCAAGGUAUGAGCACCCGCUUCUUGUUGAGAAAAGAGAGAAGGGGGACUGGGUCCUCCCAAUAACAGUUUAUGCACCGCCAAUGCGUAGACGAGCUACUCAUGGAAGAAACGAUAGAUCUGCGUUGGUUGGAAAUCUUCUCAACUCUUGUAUCUUACCUCAGACGCAUGAGUUGCUGCUAUCAUUUGUAAAUCGGUACCCGUGCACCUUCGGUGAGUACUACUAUCUGUAA